AUGAUGGCCGGUGGAGCAGUUGAACAAAACGGGAUAUUCUUGAAUCCUCUUCAUCACAAUCAACAUCCCCACAUGGAGUCAGAUCCCCCCGACUCUCGUAAACGACCACUAACUCCGACGGAGGAGGACUGUUGUACCAAGCGCACAAACACGGGAGAGGAGGGUGAGUACUUCCUGAAGGUGCUGAUCCCCAGCUAUGCGGCCGGCUCUAUAAUUGGCAAGGGUGGCCAGACCAUCGUACAGCUGCAGAAAGAGACGGGCGCCACCAUCAAGCUGUCCAAAUCCAAAGACUUCUACCCAGGAACCACAGAGCGGGUGUGUCUGAUACAGGGUACGGUCGAGGCACUAAAUGGCGUCCACAGCUUCAUCGCGGAGAAAGUCCGCGAGAUGCCCCAGAGCGCCCAGAAAACAGAGCCAGUCAGCAUACUGCAACCACAGACCACUGUUAACCCCGAUCGCGUCAAACAGGUGAGACACGGUCCAUUACAGCCAACCCUGACACGGAACCCAAACCGGCUUAUUACCACGACGACCGACAACACAGCUAAGUUAAUAGUGCCCAACAGCACGGCUGGUCUGAUCAUCGGUAAGGGCGGGGCCACAGUCAAGGCGGUGAUGGAGCAGUCGGGUGCCUGGGUCCAGCUGUCCCAGAAGCCCGAAGGCAUCAACCUACAGGAGCGCGUGGUCACGAUCAGCGGGGAGCCCGAGCAGAACCGCAAAGCCGUGGAGAUCAUUGUCCAGAAGAUCCAGGAGGACCCUCAGAGCAGCAGCUGCCUCAACAUCAGCUACUCCAACAUUUCGGGCCCCGUGGCCAACUCCAACCCCACCGGUUCCCCCUACGCCAACUCGGCUGAGGUCCUUCCCAACGCCGCUGCGGCUGCCGCCACUGCCUCCAGCCUUCUAGGCCAGGCCGGCCUGGCAGGAAUGGGCGGCUUCCCGGGAACCAUGUCCAGCUUCUCUGGCAAUGACCUGCUGGCCAUCACCUCGGCCCUCAACACACUGGCCAGCUAUGGCUACAACACCAACACCCUGGGACUGGGCCUCAACCCCGCCGCUGCCUCCGGGGUCCUGGCCGCCGUGGCUGCUAGUGCUAACCCAGCUGCUGCUGCCGCCGCUAACCUCCUGGCCUCCUAUGCCAGCGAUGCCUCCGGCUCCGGCCAUCCUGCUGUUGGCCUGGGGGGCUUCUCCCUGGGCUCGCUGGCCGCCGCCGCGGGGGCCUCCAACGGCUACCUGAAUGCCUCGUCCCCACUGAUGGCUUCCUCCCUGCUGGCCGCAGAGAAGCUGGGAGAAGGGGCCAAGGACGUGGUGGAGAUUGCUGUGCCCGAGAAUCUGGUGGGCGCCAUCCUGGGGAAAGGCGGGAAAACACUGGUUGAGUACCAGGAGCUGACGGGCGCUCGCAUCCAGAUCUCCAAAAAGGGAGAGUUCAUACCCGGCACGCGGAACCGUAAAGUUACCAUAACAGGGUCACCCGCGGCAACGCAAGCCGCCCAGUAUCUGAUCAGCCAGAGGAUCACGUAUGAGCAGGGUGUGCGUGCCACCAACCCACAGAAGGUGGGCUAA